AAUCUGGCACUUGGUGUUUAAACCGGUGUGGCGAACGUUGGGGGGGCCACCGACACUGUACAAAGCGCAACAACAAAAAAGGCGAAAUUAAAAGGGGAUUCGACGGCAUUUUGUCUUGAAAACAUUUAGUUUUAUCGUUUGAUUUGGGUAAUUGUAACGUUCAUUCAGCGACCAUGGCUUGCGGCGCGACGUUGAAGCGAUCCAUGGAGUUCGAGGCCCUUCUCAGCCCGCAGUCCCCAAAGCGGAGGAGGUGCAAUCCUCUACCCGGGACUCCGACUACUCCUUCCCCGCAGAGGUGCAAUCUUCGCCCGCCAACAGAGAGCCCAGUACACUCGAUGUCGCCCCAAACUAUUGGAGAACACAGGCUAACUCCAGAGCAAAUCUUUCAGAACAUUCGUCAGGAGUAUAGCCGCUAUCAGAGGCGACGGCAGUUGGAAGGGGCCUUCAACCAAACCGAGGCCUGCAGUUCCAAUGACGUCCAGAGCUCCAGCCCCUCCCUCACCUCACCAAGUUCUCCCACAGGUGCCUCAUCCUUGAAGAAGGACCAGCCACUCUUCACACUGAGGCAGGUUGGCUAUUUGUGCGAGCGCCUUAUCAAAGACCACGAGGAGAAGAUCCGUGAAGAGUACGAACAGAUACUAAACACAAAGCUGGCAGAACAAUACGAGUCCUUCGUGAAAUUCACACAGGAUCAGAUUAUGCGAAGAUAUGGCACCAGGCCUGCAAGCUAUGUGUCUUGAAGAGCAUUGUAGAUGGUACUACCCCUCAGAAACCGGUUUCUGUAGAACCGGCCCCAUUUGUUUCAUUUGAAAUUUCCUCCUUUUACUAUGUUUUCUUUUUCCCAAUAAGUGCUUGGGUGCCAUGGUCUAUCCACAUUUAACUCAUUUUUAUCGCUGAACCUGUUACUGAUAGCCCAACACCAAACACGCAUAUCUAGAUGCAUUCUAAGGAAGUUUAAUCUUUAAAGAUUUGUGGGAAAACAUGUCAAACUACCGCUGUAUAAAGCUUGGCUGAUGUGAUCAUCUCUGUUUAAUGUAACGUGACUGACCUGCAGCAGAUAUACCAGACUCUCCCUAUUUCUUCGAUCUGUUUUUUAACUCUCCAUAAACGUUUUCUCUUUUUUUGACAAAUAAAAGAUAUGUGAAAAGUCAA